AAGAUUGAAAUCAGCUAAUUACACUAACUUCUUCAACAGGACCUUGAAGCCAUGCAGCAGCCUCCGCCGCAGUCCCUGAUAGGCUCAUCAUCGGCCUCCAGGCCACCAACGCAGGUCAAGGCGCCGACUGUGACAGUGACGGUCACGGAGGCUGACAGGGUGGCAUGGAUGCGUCGCUUUCUGGUGGCCCUAGAGCUUUGGAAGAAGUGUUUGGAUUCAGCAUCUUCUACCAGCCAGGGCUCCACGCAGGUUGGGCAGAAACGUGCCCAUGGAAGCCAAGAAGAGCCUUCAAAAAGACCGAAAGAGGCAAAGAAGGGAGGCAGAGAAGACUCCGCGAAGGAUGAACUUGCGAUCGUGUCUUAAGACAGAAGUUUGCUUGCUCGCAA